CCCCGAUGUUGUGGAAAGGUUUGUUAGUGGGCGCGGCCCGUGUUUGUAACGUCGCCUUCGGCCAAUGAGGGGUGUGAGGGGGCGUAUCCUGCCAGACGUAGGGGGGAGCGACAGAUGCGUGAUCUGGACAGACAGUCGCCCGGCUAUGUCUUCCCCCGAAAUUGCCUCCCUGUCAUGGGGACGGAUGACGGUGAGAGGCUGCCCCACAACCUAUAAAGACUGUAAAGUAUGGCCCGGUGGCAGCCGAACAUGGGACUGGAGAGAAACGGGCACGGAACACGUCCCUGGAGUUCAGCCUGCCGACGUCAAAGAAGUUCUGGAAAAGGGUGUCAAGACAUUAGUGAUUGGUCGUGGCAUGAGCGAAGCAUUGCAGGUACCGCCAGCCACAGUGGAGUACCUGAAGAAGCACGGGAUCGACGUGAUGGUCUUGCAGACGGAGAUGGCCGUGAAGGAAUAUAACACCUUGGCUUCCCAGGGAGUCCGAGUGGGCGGAGUCUUCCAUUCUACCUGCUGAAAAGGUCUGAGGACGGACCCCUCUCCCUCUCGGUCUUCCACCUGGUUCCUUCGGGGAAAAUUCAAAGCAAGAUUUUCUCCCCCACUGCUGUGUCAACUUUCCACCCAAGAAUAAAACAAUUUGCAAAAAAUAAAA